AUGUCAGGGAGACGCGUUGAGCUCUGGGUGGUGGGCAAGGGUCCUGCAGGGGUUUGGGGCCCCGUUCCCGUAAGCUCCAGUGGGAGCCGGACCCCAAGGGGCGAACUCCCAAGACACCUCCUUGCAGAGCUGGCCGACAGUGGCCCCUCAGGGGCAUCGGGCCCUUCCCAGCUGAGCGCCAUCACCCUGGAAGACCUGGGGCUCCUCCUGGCAGGAGACCUGACCAGCCCCGAGACCUUGAGCCUGGAGGAGCUCUCGGAGAGGUACGAGUCCAGCCACCCGCCAUCCACGGCCUCUGUCCCUGAGCAGGACACCGCCAAACGCUGGAACCAGCUGGAGCAGUGGCUGGCCAAGCUGACCGACUUGCUGCAGCAGGAGGAGCAGGGCCGGGAGGUGGCCUGCGGCGCCCUGCAGAAGAACCAGGAGGACAGCAGCCGGAGGGUGGACCUGGAGGUGGCCAGGAUGCAGGCUGAGGCCACACGGAGCCUGCUGCGGGAGCUGCUCCAGGUGCGGGCCCGCGUGCAGCUACAGGGCUCAGAGCUGAGGCAGCUGCAGCAGGAGGUGCGGCCGGCAGCCCAGGCCCCUGAGAAGGAGGCGCCGGAGUUCUCUGGUCUCCAGAACCAGAUGCAGGCCCUGGACAAAAGACCCUCAGUGCAGCAGGAAAGCAGCUGUUGGGGUGGAGACAAGGCCCCGAGGCUCUGCCCAGCUUGCCUGGCUGGGGACACCCGUGUGACAUCCCUGCUUCCCUGUCGGGGCCUGGUGGUGGCUGGGGGGCCUUCCCUGGGCGGCAUCGGUGGUGGCUGCCAAGCCCAGGUGACCAAGCUCGGCGAAGAGGUGAGCCUGCGCUUCCUGAAGAGGGAGGCCAAGCUGUGCGGCUUCCUGCAGAAGAGCUUCCUGGCCCUGGAGAAGAGAAUGAAGGCCUCGGAGAGCUCGCGGCUGAGGCUGGAGGGCAGCCUGCGGGGCGAGCUGGAGAGCCGGUGGGAGAAGCUUCGGGGGCUGAUGGAGGAGCGCCUGCGGGCCCUGCAGGGGCAGCAUGAGGAGAGCCACCUCCUGGAGCAGUGCCAGGGCCUGGAUGCCGCCGUGGCCCAGCUGACCAAGUUCGUGCAGCAGAACCAGGCAUCGCUGAACCGCGUCCUACUGGCUGAGGCGAAGGCCUGGGAUGCCAAGGGGCGCCUGGAGGAGAGCCGGGCUGGGGAGCUGGCUGCCUAUGUGCAGGAGAACCUGGAGGCCGCACAGCUGGCCCGCGAGCUGGCCCGGCAGGAGAUGCAUGGCGAGCUGGUGCUGCUCCAAGAGAAAAACCGGGCUCUGGAGGCAUCGGUGGCGCAGCUGGCCGGGCAGUUAAAGGAGCUGAGUGGCCGCCUCCCGGCUCUGAGCAGCCGGCUGGAUCUGCAGGAGCAGAUGCUGGGCCUCAGGCUGUCUGAGGCAAAGACCGAAUGGGAAGGUGCAGAGAGGAAGUCUCUGGAGGACCUGGCCAGGUGGCAGAAGGAGGUCGCCGCGCACCUGCGGGGGGUGCGGGAGAAGGUGGAUGGCCUCCCCCAGCAGAUAGAGGGCGUCUCGGACAAGUGCCUGCUCCACAAGAGUGAUUCGGACCUCAGGAUUUCCGCCGAAGGCAAGGCCAGGGAGUUCGAGGUUGGGGCCCUGCGGCAGGAGCUGGCCACGCUGCUGUCGUCCGUGCAGCUGCUGAAAGAAGACAGCCCUGGGCGGAAGAUCGCGGAGAUGCAGGGCAAGCUGGCCACGUUUCAGAACCAAAUAAUGAAGCUGGAAAACUGCGUCCAGGCCAGCAAGACCAUCCAGAACCUCAGGUUCAACACUGAGGCCCGGCUGCGCACACAGGAGAUGGCCGCCCUGCGGGAGAGCGUGCUGCAGCUGCGCAGUGAGGAGGGCCCGCAGGCGCCGCUGGGCAGCCGGAAGCUGCUCCCAUCCCUGGCAAGGCUGCGAGUCUUCAUCAAGGACACGGCGCCAAACGAGGUGGUACCCGUGAACUGCUGGGGCGUGUACCAGGCGGUGAGGUGGCUGCAGUGGAAGGCGUCCCUCAUAAAGCUCAGGGCCCCGCGGAGGCCAGGAGGGGUCCCAGAGAAGCCCCACAGCCAGGAGCAGGUGCAACAGCUCACACCGUCGCUCUUUAUCCAGAAAUAAACGAACCAGCCUUGUACUC